AUGGCUAUCCUCUUUUCUUCUAAAAACCCAGCAUUUCUCAUUCUCUUCUUUUUAUCAUCUCUUCUCUUUCUCACUACCCAACAAUGCAACCAUCACCACUUCUCUGCUUUGCUCGACUUAAAGAAUGGCUUUGACUUCCCUGCUUUUUACACCCUCUAUACUCUCCUCUCUUGGAAUUCGAACAAUCCCGAUUGCUGCUCUUGGGAAGGCAUCACGUGCGAUGGACCCACUGGUCACGUGAUCAGCCUCGACCUCAGUGAGCUCUUUAUCUCUGGUCGGAUUGAUUUUGAAAGCCUAUUUCGUCUUCGGAGCAUGCGGAGGCUUAACCUCGCUUACAACGAGUUUGAUGCCUCUCCAUUCCCAUCUGGGUUUGACCAGCUCACCAGUUUGACCCAUCUCAACCUCUCUCACUUAUCCUUUUACGGCCAAAUCCCACUGGAAUUCUCCCGCUUGACCACUUUGGUUUCUCUCGAUCUUUCUCGCAAUCAAUAUCGGAAUGGUUCUGGAUUUCAUUUCCUGAAACUCGAAAACCCAAGCAUUGGAGCAGUCGUCCAAAACCUGUCCAAUCUGAGUGAACUCUAUCUGGACUGGCUCCAUUUCUUAUCUGAAUUAGACCUCAGCUAUAACAAUCUCUCCUCUGCAGUGCCCAGCUUCCCAGGGAGUCUCCGCAAGUUGAUCUUACAAGAAUUGCCCAGCUUCCCAGGGAGUCUCCGCAAGUUGAUCUUACGAGGUUGUGACCUUUCAGCCUCCAUCAAUUCUUCCCUUUCACAGCUCCAUUUCUUAUCUGAACUUGACCUCACCUAUACCAAUCUCUCCUCUGCCGUGCCCAAUUUCAUAGGGAACUUAUCCUCAUUGACGUCCCUGCUCCUUAAAGAUUGUGGAUUGCGUGGAAAAUUCCCUGAGAGUGUUUUCCAGAUGCCAAAUCUACAAAUCAUUGACAUAUCAGACAAUCCACUUGUAGCUAUCAAUUUGCCGGAGUUCCCUCAAAACAAUACUCUACAGCGAUUGAUCCUUUCAUGCACUGGAUUAUCAGGAAAGUUACCAGAUUCUCUCGGUAAUCUCAAAUUCUUGACUGAAUUAGACCUCAGCAAUUGCAACUUGUCAGGAUCAUUACCAUCCUCACUUUGGAACCUUACCAAACUGCAAUAUCUGUAUCUUUCAUCCAAUAAAUUGAGCGGUCCAAUUCCUUCAUCAUUGUUUUCACUCCAAUCAUUACAUACACUGGACCUCACAGGUAACCAACUUAGUGGUCUAUUAGGCGAGUUCCACAAUGUCUCUUCUUCACAGCUGGAGUUACUCUAUUUGGAUAGCAAUAAAUUGCAGGGGAUGAUACCGAGAUUCAUCUUUCAACUUACCAAGCUUCAACUACUUCACCUUUCUUCCAAUAAUUUCAGUGGUGUUGUGGAGCUAGGCUUAUUUCAAAAUCUCAAAAAACUUUACUCUCUGGAUCUUUCAGAUAACAACUUGUCAGUCCAAUAUGGCAGUGGUAAUUCCACAUUUGUUUCCUUCCCCCAGUUUCAAUCUUUGUUGUUACGUUCUUGCAACAUCAGCACAUUUCCAAAUUUCUUGAGAAAUCAAGUGCGGUUGAUGGAACUGGACCUUUCCUGCAAUAAAAUUAGUGGUGAAAUACCCAAAUGGAUACGGGAGGUUGGCAAUGGGUCUUUAGUCUCUUUAAAUCUUUCGCACAACGUUCUGCAGGGAAUAAAACCAUCUCCCCAUCUUUUGUUGAGUAACUAUAGCGUUAUUGACCUUAGCUUCAACAUGUUGAAAGGUUCACUUCCAAUCCCAUCACCCUUCGUCAUAUUCUUUUCAGUUUCAAACAAUAGCCUUGGUGGUGAAAUCCCUCGAUCAGUUUGCAAUGCAACAUCCCUAACAGUCCUUGAUUUAUCUCACAAUCACUUCAUUGGUCAGAUUCCACCAUGUUUGGGUGAGAUUGGUGAUGCCCUGUCUGUGUUGAAUCUUCAAGGAAAUGCUUUCAAUGGCACAUUACUUCAGACAUUUAAAGAGGGAUGUAACAUACAAACGCUUGAUCUCAGUGGGAAUCAAUUAGAGGGCCAAGUGCCAAGGUCUUUGGCCAAUUGCAAAAUGUUGGAGGUAUUAAACCUUGCAAACAAUCAAAUACAUGACACCUUCCCUUUUUGGUUGGAAGCUUUAUCACAGUUGCGUGUUCUCGUCUUGAGAUCCAACCAAUUUCACGGCACCAUCAGGCAUCCUCUAACAAAUCACCCUUUUCCUCUGUUACAAAUUUUCGACCUCUCUUUCAAUAGCUUUGAGGGUAAUUUGCCAUCAAAUAUGUUCAAGAGCUGGAAGGCAAUGAUGGAAGAUGACAAAUCCCAAUCUUUGGUCCUUGGCACAAUGAUAAACAGAAGUUCCAUAUACUAUCGAAACAAAGUGUCCGUAGUCAACAAAGGGCUAAUGAUGGAAGUGGUAAAGAUCCUUACUGCCUUCACUGUAGUGGAUCUCUCGGAGAACAAAUUUCAUGGGGAUAUCCCAGAAUCAAUUGGAGAUCUAGAGUCACUCCUUGUGCUCAAUAUGUCCAACAAUGAUUUUACCGGCGGAAUUCCAACAUCACUUCAGAAUCUAAGGGAUCUAGAGUCAUUAGAUCUCUCAAAUAAUAAAUUGUCUGGAGAGAUCCCUUGGCAGCUCACAGAUCUAACAUUCCUUGCAGUGUUGAAUCUCUCACAAAAUUUUCUCGUGGGAAAAAUACCACAAAGCCGGCAGUUUCUUACAUUUAACAGCGAAUCAUUCAAAGAGAACUCAGGAUUGUGUGGACCUCCACUAUCAAAGAAAUGCGAAGAUGCAGAGAGUGCACCACCGUCCCCUCUGUCAACAUUGCAAUCUGAAAGGAAAUAUGAUUGGGAAUUAAUGUGGAUAGGAUUUGGAGUUGGACACGGAGUAGGUGUAGGGAUGCUUUUCUGGACCCUAGCACUUUGGAGGAAGGGAAGGAGAGAAUUCUAUAUAUUUAUUGAUAGAAUGCAUUCCUUAAUUUUUCCUUCCAUGGGGUUUCCUAAAUGGCAAUGA